UUAAACUUCGGUAGAGAAGACCAUUCAACGAUGUUGUGUGCGAGUUCAUACACCAUAAGAAAGAUAGAGAGAACCACCUCGAUGGAAUUGCAGGGCUGCAGAGAUAGAGGAAUUUCAUGUGUUAGUUAAGUGUAAGCAGGAUGUACGAAGAAAUCUUUCUCACGUUCGCCGUGUUGCAUCGUCAGGGACGCAAGCGACCUGAACAAAAAUUCGCAUUAGUUGCCGAUAGAAAAGAGACGAAGUAAACAAUAAAAAAUUAGCGAUGAAGGCGGUACAAGAACAACAACAACCAGAAUCGAUAGAAUCCAACGAAUCGGUUUCCGCCUCUUCGAUUGAGUACGCCUAUCGACCAUUGACAACGAAACAUAGAAGGGCCGGAAGUACCGGUACUACCGGAGAUGAGGAAUACACCACCGAUGAAGAUGAGCUUUAUCCGGACGAAGCUGAUUGUCCGAUCGGUUCAACCUUGCAUGCACCUCAUCCGAUUCUUAAAUCCGAUCUUGCAAGAGCUGCGACUGAUUUAUUUGGUUAUGCGAAUAAAAGGGAGGGUGAGGAAGAAGAACCUACGAGUCUCUUUGACGAAGAUGACAAAUUUCUUAACAACAGUUCUAGUUUAGCCAAAUCAAAUUCACUGUUCGUAUACAACGACAAGAUUCAUAAUGUUUUAACGAGGCAUCGAAGUCCGACGACAAUGAACGAAAAGAAGCCUAGCGAGUCUAUCCUAAACACGCAUGCGUACAAGUCAGAUAUUCAGGUACCUGCUACUCAGACUAUGACUAAUUUGGACGUUAGGUUGGGUGAUGAGAAAAUAGAUGAUGUUAUGGAAGAAGAUACAGGAAUUAAUAAAUGGGAAGAAGAUAUUUGUUCAGCAUCAUCAUCGUCAGAUAUAACAUCAUCUAGAAAAAAAUAUGAGGUUGAUACGAGAAUUAAGGAAGAAAUUACUAUAACGAAGGAUCCAAUUGAAAAUCCACCCUCACCGACUACCGCACAAUGGGGUAGAGCCGUGGCUGAGGUAAAAGAACACGCUGUCGCUAAAUUGCAGGAAGAAUUGAAGAGAGCUCACGAGGAAUUGAAAUUGAAGGACGAAGAAGUUGCUAGGCUCUCGAGAAUUCGGCAGGAUGUCGAAACCGAAUUGGAGGAAUUAACCGCAAGUUUGUUUCAAGAAGCGCACAAUAUGGUGCGCGAAGCAAACGUGCGUCAAGCAACGGCUGAACGUCUUUUGGAGGAAAGUCGAAUGAAAGCUGAAGUUUUAGCUGCCGAAGUGACGGCAUUAAAAACUUUGGUUUUAACUUCGACACCGGCAAGACCAAAUCCUCAUUUGCAUCCUCAGAUCGAUACGAGAUCUCGUUUGUGUUCGAAUGAUGAAUCUCAACAAAGUCUUUUUGCUAAAAAACAUCGAAGGUCGCCAUCGCAUUUCAAUCUUAAAUAUGGUCGAGAAAAUUCACCACCAGAAUCACCUGUCAAAGAACAAAGGCCGUCAUUACCUAGCGAUAGAGAAACCUUAACCAGGGAUUGGAAGAAGGAUCGUGAAAAGGAUAGAGACAAGGAUUGUAAGGAUUUAGGAUUAGAAGUUGAUCCUAGAGUUCAUACGGAAUUUCUUAGGUGGAAGGCAAAUCCUUGCGUUGAUAAAAGCGAUCCAUUUGUUGCCAGAGUGUUCAAAGAAGACAUUGAUCUUUGUUUAGAUUUUCCUAAUAAAGAACUUGGUUCUAGAGUCCGACAAGCUGUUCUCGAUGGAAUCAUUUUCAUUGAGGCUGUCAGUGAUAAAACCAAACUUGCCUUUCCUAAAAAAUGUGCACUAUUGGAAGCGCCAAGACAAUGUCAUUAUCGUAUGAGACUGGGUGAUCAGGAGAACCAAUGGCAUUGUAUCUCUCAAAUUUGUCGCAAUCGAAUUAUAGCGGUCUGUGAUUUUCUCAAUUAUUUACGUUACGUAGAACGAGGUCUUGUUAAAAGUUCAGUUCACGACGUAUAUUGGGAAAUUACACGAUUACGUAAAGAGAUGGUGUUCGCUCGUUUGGGCUUAGUGCUUUCAUCUUGAAAUAUUUUUCUAGGAGGGAAUUUCAUCUAGUCUGGAAAUAUAACGGCCGUAAACACGGACCUAGAAAAUAUUAUUAUGUUUUUUUUUGGAUGAUCGAAGAGGGAGGAAUGAAAAAAAAUAUGAUUGGAGAGAGUAGUUUAACACUUUGAGUGUCACGUCAGUCAUAAAUGAUUGACAUUGAACUUCACGUUCAAGCCGUGUCAAGAACCGAUGCCUGGCUCAACUCUUCGUUUUGCAGCAUGUGGUCUGACAAAGAUUUCCAUAAGAAUUCGCAUGGCGCUCAACUUGUUAAUGGGGAUUAAAGUAAGAUAAUAAUAUUGAUCGUAAAGUAACGAUCGAUAAUAGUUGUCUUCUGUUGACAUGAGAGUAUUGGGGUUGUACGAUUUAUGAAAUCAUUUUUAUUUCGUAUAUAUUCUUCUCUCUCUCUCUCUCUCUCUCUCUCUCUCUCUAUUUAUCUAUCUCUAUCUUUCUAUUUUACUGUCGCUAUUUAGUAUAUUAGAUUAACACUUAUUGCCAAUUGGGAAAGAUAAUGACAAAAAGCGACAAUGCAAUUGAUUCAAGGGGCUGUGAAUGAUCUUAGAAAAAAAAAAGAAAUAAAAAAAAAAACGAGAAGAAAAAUAUGAAAAAGCAUAAAAAAAAAGAAAUAAAGAGGCAAUUGUUUAGACGUUAUCGAUAAGUUCCCAACAUGACAAAUGUAUAUAAGAAAAAUAAUGACGUUUUUUGAAUCUAUAUUACUUUAUACGAUUAAAUAAUAGAAUAAACAUUGAAAAUGUUGUGGACGUUUGUGCAAUGAGAAAAAAAAGAACUUGAGAAGAAAAAAAGGGGUAGGGGGUGAUAGGGCAUACGACGCAUAGCGAUCGUCCCUUAAAAAAAAAAAAUGUUGAUAUUCGUUGUUAUAUAUUUGUGAGUAUACAUUAUUGAUAUUAUUACCUGUAGAUAAAAGUAAAAGAGAGAAAAAAAGAAAAGAAAAAAAAAAGAAGAGAAUAAUGUUUUAUGUGGACCAGAGGAAUCUUUGAAUAGUUAAAAAAAAAAAAAAAAUACAAG